AUGACAACGGCGGGCAUAGUGCUGACGUGGACGUCUCCGGCGCUGCCGAAGCUGCCGCAGCUGACGGCGUCGGAGGCGGCGUGGGUGGGCUCCCUGGCGUCGCUAGGCGCCGCCGUGGGGCCCUGGCUGGGCGGCUGGCUCUCCGACCGCGUGGGUCGGCGCAACACGGUGCUGCUGGCCGAGCUGCCCAUCGCCGCCAGCUGGCUGGCGCUACUCUUCUGCGAGUUCCAGCCCACGUGGCUGUGCGUCGUGCGCUUCGUGUCCGGCCUCGGCGUCGGACUCAUCUUCGCCGCCAUGCCAGCAUACGCUGCUGAAGUCUCACAGGCGGACGUGAGGGGAGGCCUGUGCUCGCUGAUCCAGGCGUCCAACACGCUGGGCUUCAUGAUCGACUACUGCGUGGGCCCGUUCGUGUCGUACGCGACUCUGGCGAUCAUCGGGCUGGCGUCGCCGCUGGUGGCCGUGGCGUGCUUCGCCUGGAUGCCCGAGUCGCCCUACUACCUGCUGGCCGUGGGGAAGGACGCCGCCGCCGAGAAGGCGCUGCGCUGGCUGCGGGACCCGGACCGCGACGUCGCCUCGGAGCUGCGCGAGAUGAAGAAAGCUGUGGAGGACUCCAAGGUGAACGAGGCGUCGGUGCUGGACCUGUUCCGGUCCCGCAGGUGCCGCCGCGCGCUGGCCAUCUCUCUGGGCGUGGUCUGCGCCGAGCAGCUGGCCGGCAUCAACGCGGUGCUCUUCUACACGCAGAGCAUCUUCAUCGCGGCGGGCGGCGCCGUCAGCGACAGCGUGGCUCCCAUCAUCAUCAACGGCAUCAUGCUCGUGGAGGCGUGCAUCGUGCCCUUCCUGGUGGAUCGCGUCGGCCGCAGAUUCCUGCUGAUCUUCUCUUCCAGCGGCAUGUCUUUCGCUCUGCUGUGUCUGGGCGUCUACUUCUACCUCCGUGAGACCGGGAAGUACGUAGGCAACAUCGGAUGGGUUCCCGUCGUCUCUCUGAUUCUCUACAUCGUCGUCUAUACGCCAGGUUACGGCUGUCUUCCUUACACGGUCACUGGCGAAGUCUUCCCGCCGAAUGCAAAGUCCGUGGCGAUGCCAAUGGCCGCUUUCGUGACGUGGUUCACGUCCUUCCUGGUCACCAGAUUCUUCGGGGACAUCGUCGCCGUCGUUGGGAACUACGGCCCGUUUUUCGUCUUCUCCGGGUGUGCACUCCUCGCUUCGUUCUACGUGUACUUCCUAGUGCCCGAAACAAAUGGGAAGACUUUAGAAGAAAUACAGGAUAUGCUCGGCGAGGAAUAA